AUGUUGGUUGGGUUAAACUACAACUUUAUUAUCCUCUGUCAACACAAUGUCUCUGUUAGGGAAAUUGGAGGGUGAGAUUGAAAUCAAGGCUCCAGCUUCAAAGUUUUAUGAAAUAUUCUGCAACAGACCACACCAUAUAUCCAAUAUUUCAGGAGACAAAGUGCAGGGUUGUAAGUUAGAGGAGGGUGAAUGGGGAAAAGUUGGUUCUAUCAUCUAUUGGAACUACUAUCAUGAUGGAGAAGCUAAGGUGGCAAAGCAUCUAAUUGAAGCAGUUGAUGAGGAGAAGAAUAUGAUCCGUUUGAAAGUGCUGGAAUCAGACCUUCUGAAGCAUUAUAAAACCUUCAAGGGUACAUUUGAAGCUACUCCAAAGGGCAUUGGAAGUGUGGUUCACUGUGUUUUGGAAUACGAGAAAUUGCAUGGAGGGAUUCCAGAUUCUAAUAGGAUACUUCAGUUCUGCGUUGAUCUCUGCAAAGACCUUGGGGAUGGCCUUACGGAGGACAACUAAGGAUAGGUAAGAAUGUUUAAUUAAUACGUGAAAGUUAUCUUAUUUAUAAUAAAAUAAAUUAUAAGGAUAUGGAAAUAGUAAUAAAUGAAAAUAACCAGAUAGUAAGGCAAGAUAUUUGACUUAUAAUAAAAUAUCAAAUAUAAUAUAUAUGGUAAACUAUAAUUUAUUACUAAUUAUGUUUAACAUGUAAUAAGUAUUGGUUAAUGCUAUAUGUAUUAAUAAAUCUUAUGCUUAAAAUAAUUGCUCG